UGCAAGGACUCACCAGCAACAAAUGAUUCCGACUGAAGAACACGGGACUCACGCUCGCGCAUGAUCGUGCCCUGAGAGAGUGCGCGCCCGGCCCGCGUCAUGUCCAUAGCAACGGACGCAAAACACAGUUCCUCGCGGCUCGCUCGCGCUGUUUGGACCAUGGACCCUGCGCCAGCGUCCUACUACGGACCCCUGGAUAAAAACAACCCAGUCCUGUUAGCUUUUCAAAGUGACCUAAAAGAGUUUAAGGCACAUAUAAAGAAACUUUCAAGUUCACCGAACUACGACUACCGGUCCUACUCUAGAGGGUCCAUAAAACUGUUUGAAACAUGGAGGAACAAGUAUAAAUCUCGCCUUCCUGCGUCUUAUUUCGAAGAGCACCUGUUGCAAACAGCAGAUUUCCUGCUUUACUCUAAGCUUCACAGGCUUGCUCUCUGGCAAGGGUACAGACUCUAUCUGCAGCAGUUUUGCACACUGAGCCUAGAAAGCAUCCGAGAUGUGGAGCACUUCAGGCAGUCCUUCUUCUCAGAUGGCUUUGAUUCAAAGAGAGCCCGACUAACGUUCCUUGCUCUUCAGGGAGAAUGCCAGUGCAUCUUCUAUUUGGAGAAAGAGAGGAAUGCACUGCCAGACCAGAGUGCGGUUCAAAACCUGCGCGCUGAGCAUCCUGGGAUUUGUGCGCAUUCUCAUUGUAUAUUUUGGAUUUUGGAUUUUUUUGUGUCUUUUGUUCAGGUUUUAGAGUACUUACUAUGGGCAUGCACAUGCCUAGAGACCUCUGUUCCUCUGCUGACUGCCAACUUCCUGCCGUGGAGGGCCACACUUUACUGUGCUGUUUGUGAAUGUUAUUUUCAUGAGUGUGCUUCAGUUCAGGCAGAGGUGUUUGCUCGCCGAGCCCUUGGCAAGAUCAGUGAACUGGCCAAGCUGGAGGAGAGAUGGCUCCCAAGUGCUGGCUCCCAAGUGUCAUUGGAGACCCAACAAGCUUUUAAGGAGGCCACAAUAAAAACUCCAUGGCCUCGCACACCAACCGAGCGGAUCCUGAUGGAGAUGUUCGAGGGCAAUGCUGCUCGGGCUUCUGGCAGUGCUGGAAGCUCUAGGGGGACAAGCUCUGUCAGGCCUCUGCAGACCGGCAUGCCUGAAGAAUUCGAGGUCCAGGAUGUUGUGCUGGAGCUCAUUUCGGCUGGCACAAGCUUGUUGUCUGGUACCCUUUUUCAUCCUCUCUGCCUCUGUGUUUUGGUGAUUCUGACCCACACUUCUGUUGAGAGCCUGCCUCCCUCUAUCAAUGCAGUCACUUCUACCUCCUCUCUCUUUGACACAGCUGUUGCUGGAAAGAGUAAGAUCGCAGUAGAUGCUGCGGUGAAGUUCGUGAAGCAGGUCUUUAGAUAUGAACAGUGGAGCAUAUGUUCAAACAUGGAAGGCCGCACGUUUAGGAAGUAUGAGCUGGAACUGAAGAUUUUGGAGGCUGUGGAGCAUUUGAUAUCCAAUCAAAAAGUUAAAUUCAUCGUGAAAGAUGCUGCUUUUGAUGGUCAAGCUGAUGAGAUGGGUUUGAUGGAGUUUAAGAAGUCAAAUGCUAAUUGUGUACAGGCUUGGCGUCAGAAACAAAUAGACCUACAGAAGUGCAGAAGGCCCCUGGUUGGCAUCAGAAGAAAGAAUCAGAUGAGCCACGAGACCAAGAAAAUACUUGAGGAGGCCAUAAUGCUAAUGGAGAAAGCUGAGCUUGAAGAGAGAAGGCUAGUUAGUUGUGCAUUUCCUUCAGAGAACAAUUUAGAAAUGGCAGAGAAGAGACAGCCACCACCAGCCCCAAUAGUCCUCUCACGCUCCAACCGCUCCAUGACCUUCAAACCUGCACCAUACGCCCUGGAGGAGGAGGUUUGCUGGUACUGUAUUUAUGGAAGAGAGGCAGAGGGUGUCAACCUAAAAGUACGACUUAAAGACUGCUUCUUGUGUGGGACUGGAGAUAUGACUCCUGCCAGGGGUGGACAUUUACUUCAUGUAGACGGGUUGGAACCUGAUAAGAAGUACAUUUUUGCAGUGGCCUGCUUUUAAUGCAAAGGGCAAAAUGGUGGGUGGUGCACCAUUGGAGAGACCACAAGGCCUCUACUGGCCUCUCUGCCUCUACCACUACUAACAACCUGGGCCCACAUAGCUCAGGUGGCAUAUCAGACAGGAGUCUACUCCCUUGCCAAAAGAGCUUGUAAUGAGCUUUGGAGUCACUUUACUCUUCCCCCAAGUCCAGAGGCAGAACAAGAAGGCUGUCUUGAAGGACUGGCUCAGACAAGACUCCACCCAAAGACCCCUGCAGCUUUCCCUCUCCUCUCCUACAGCAGCUGUUUUUUUUGUUCCACUAUCUUCAUCCAGACAGAUAUUCACAUCCAAGAGGGGACGUUAUUCUGUGACAGUCUCUGUGGGGGGCCUUUGAUCUGGGGCCAGGAGGCCAGGCUUGCAGAGUGUGAACGUAUGCUGGUGGCCAUUGAUCUUGCUCUGCACCUCAAUGACAGUGGUGGCGCCCUGCAGGCUGUAGUGAGCUGUUAUGGCCUUCUCACUCCAUUAAUCUUCAACCAGAUUGCUCCUUCAGAGCCUGGCAUAGAGGUACUGUGGAAGUGCUUUACAGUGCUGCUGGAGAUUCCAGAAGUCCUCAAGCAGAAACGGCCUGUUGCCACCACAGAGUCCCUGGAACACAUGGUUGCCUGUAUGACAUAUUCUUUAGCCAAGAGCUUGAGCUCCACUCUGGAGAAUCAUAUGGCAUCAUCUGUGUUUGAUCUGGGAAUGAGGCUUCUUCAGGAGAUCACUGAGCCCCCACAGCAACCCGCCAAAAAAACAUCAUCAGUGGAGCUGGAUGGGAAGAAGACAGCUUCCGUCCAUGAUGAGGGGCCAAGCAAGCAGCUAAAGGUUUUAGAGGCCAUUGUCAUGAAAACCAUGCAUUCAGAAACAUUAGGAAACCGUGAUGUCACUUCCUGUAACAAAACAGGGUCUGAUGGAUGUGAGCUUACUGGAGAGGAAGACCCUGUCGUACUCUACAUGGUGAUUGAAAACAGCCCUCUCCAGCAUGACUUUAAAGAGGUGAUGAAGUUCAAGCAGAAGUCUUGUUUUCUGGAGUUUGUUGUGCACUUACUCAAGAAAGCCCUGCUAGAAGAUGAGCUGGAUCUGGUGUUGCAGUGGGAGCAGAGCAUCUUGGACUGGCUCAGCAGACGUGAUGAGGCUUUGUUUGGGCUAAAGAAGCACUCAAGUCUACCAGGGGAGGAGUUUAAAGACUUCACCACCUCUGUGAUUGAGUACAAUACCAAAAAACAAAAAGGUGGCACAUUUUGGGAUGGCAGGAAGUUGCUACAGAAGAAACUUCUGAUUGCAUUCAAGAGCCAAAACUCUGAAAGAGAGGUCAGUGCUGUGGACGUCCUGCUGAGUCAACUGGCUACUCUUAUCAGAAGACAUCAGCGCUGCUGGAAGCUGAGGCAGAUUUUCAGUCAUCUUUCGCAGUCUUUCUUCUCUCUGGCUCACUGUGGAAUGCUGAUUAUGUGGAAGAACGUUCCACAGCACAUCACGCCACCUGAACUGACGCUUCCAAAUCCCAAAGCUGUACCCCGUCCUAGAAGCCGUGCUCACAAAAAAGAUGUUGAGCACAAAAUGAAGUGGGACUUUCGGCACACAACACGGCACACACGUGACUCUAAAGCUGUCAGCGCUCAUAAAACCACCUCUAAGUUACUGGACACACUCAACAGAGCCUCUGUACACAUGCGCAGAGCUAUGGUGCUGGCUCAUCGGGGGGGACACUGGACAACUUUACAGUGGGCGUGUCGGACUCUCUGGGACCAAUACCGCACAUUGGCCCUGAUAUUGGAGCAUGCCCAAGGCCCUGAUGCCCAUGCGAGACAGCUGACGUUAGAGCAGCUGUAUACAGUGAUCACUCCUCUACUAGUACUGGCCUCAGAUCUUCUAAUGGAUAUGAUGGAAAAGCUGAGGUUAAUCCACAUCACCUCUAGAGCAGAUCUCAACCUUAUUAUGCAGAGCUGUGAGGCUAGCCUGUACUUCUCUGUCCCAAUGGAUGACGGGCUCUUGACAGUGAUAGAUCUGCGCUGGCUGAGGACUCUGGUCCUGCACACAUUAGAGCUUCUGUACUAUCAGGCCAAGUGGGAGAAUCUAGCCCACCUCGCCCUGCUUUUCAAUACAUAUACAUGGGAGCGCUACUCUCACAUGGUAACACCUGUUCUGGUGCAUGCACAGAGGAGACUGUUGGACAGGAUCAGCUGUUUUGGGGGCCCUCCAGCUCCUCAACCUCACUUCAACCUACAAAAUUAUGCAAGCAGACAGUUACUGUUUCCCUGUGGAGGAGGUCAGAUUAUGAUCACUGGAAAUGAUGCUGAACCAGAGCCCAAGGAACUUGCAGACGUGAAGAGAGCCAUGUGUCUGGUGUGUGUACCGUUGGAUGUAGAGGACACACUGCACUGUUUCAGAGAUACUCUGGAGAAAAGAAAUCACACACUGCUGACCUUUCAGCACAGCCGAACUCUACUCCUGCUGCUACUGGCAGACACACAGCACUCAUAUGUUGAGGUGCCAUUUUCUAAAGAGACCAGCGGCGUUCUGCAGGGAAAAGUGGAAUUCAGCAUUGCAGCCAGCACCCUGCCAGGCAUCAGCCCUCCAGACUUCUCUGCAGAGGACUUCAGCUCUCUGGGCUCCAUCUACAGCACCACCCUGCCACCAACACAGCUCCAGACCGUUUUCUCUUCCUACAACAGUGCUAUUAAAUAUCUUCAAGCAAAUAAGUACACCUCCCUUCAGGUGCAAGCACUCCAUGACCUUGGAAACCUGCAUUUCUACAAUGGAAAUCGAAAAUCUGCACACGCUUUCUGGAGUAAGGCUUUGGACUGUGCUCUGCAAAGCUCUGGAGUUCUGGAAUCUUGGGAUGGUGACUCAUGGGGCAGCAGCUCCUCUCAGGAAACCCUGCAGCAUGCUGGGGUAUGGGGCUGCCUCCAGGGAGCUUUGCUUUCAGCCAAGAUUGCACAGCACAUCCUGACUUCUAACAUCGAUCAGCGCACAAAGUGCUGCCUUCUCUGUGGCAAACUCUUCAAGUGCCUACUGAUGGCCUCUAUGCCCCAUCCGAUGACGGACUUGGAAUACUCCACAUACUCUGUGGAGACGGAGCUGAUCCCAGGUAUCGACCUCUUCUCUGAGCCCGAUCGGGGAAAUCUCGGCACCACUGUUGCCAGUUUGUCUUUUCUCUGUCACUGGCUGUAUACCUCAGGACAUCUUCUCAAGGUUCUUCCUGUGCUGGCUCUGUACCUGUAUAUUGCCAGAACAGUGUGUCGUGAUCUACACCUCACUGUCACAUGCAGAAUACUGAAGGUGAAGGUAUUGACAGAAUUGGGGGCCUUCACUGAGGCGUUUAAAGAACUCAGCAGUCUCACAUUUGGCAAGGAAAUCCCUGUACCUCAUGGAUGCCACAGAACAGAGAAGCCAUUCUGGGUGCUGGAUGACCGUGGUCAAGUUAUCCGAAUCUCAGGAGAAAAUGCUCUAGCACUUCCUGUUUGCCUGAUGUCUCUAGCAGUUGACAAGUCCAAGGGUCUCCAGCUCAGUGCCAGGAAACUCACAUUAGGAGAAGUCAAGGCCAUACUUCUAAAAGAAGCACAUGCUCUGGUUAGUCCUGAGCUCUUUACCCCACAUCCACUGAGCACAGAUCCUGAAGAAAUGGAGCUGGCAGUGGAGAUCAGACUGUUAAUGUCCAAUAUCAACAUGCAGCAGGGCAGAAUGGCUGCCAGUGCAGAUCUGUCAGUGUCUGCUUUGAGGCUCCUCCAGAGGUCUCCUGUGUUUCAAAGUGAUUUCCGCCCGCUGCCUCCUCCCGGACCACCCUCCUCUGCAUUCAGACGACCCAGAGCCAAAGCACAUCAGACAAGCUCUGGGGACGCAAAGUCUGUUCUCAGUCUCCAUAGCGGAGAUGUUCCAGAAGAAGUGGAAGCGAGAGAACGCAUGGAUCUCCUUUUCUGGUUGCGCUGUAGGUUGGCAGUGGUUCGCUCCCUUGUAGGCCAUAUCCCUGGAACUGCAAUCUGCUCUGGUGCAGACAGCAGUGCAGAGGCGCUCCGACUGCUGAAAGAAGGUCUGGAGGAGGCAGAGGCCUGGGGAGACCUUGACACUCAAGCCCUGCUGCUCCUACAAGGCGUCCAACUUAACACACACCGUGGCAGACCCAGAGAAGACAGCUCAUCCAUGCUACAGGAGAUUGUGAGCUUGUUAUCUGGACGCAGUGCUCAAUCUCUGCACUCUCAAAUGACUCUAGCUGAGGCUGUGUUACAUCUUAGUGAGCUGAGAGGAACAGGAAGCCAGACUUUUCACCUGCUCACGAAACUACUGCAGCAACAGCUCUGUGCCUUUGGAGAGUCCAUAGGUCUCAAAAAAGGAGGCGAGGUGGAACUACUAGCUGGCAUAAAGAAUAUUUAUCUUCCACAGCUUCCCCUGCUGGCCAAGACAACCAUGCGGAUCGGUCACUCUUUGGCAUUGCAGGCCUUGUCAAUUUCCUCUGAGGGAGGUGAGGAACCCUGGAGGCCCUUUAUAUCUGCUCAAGAAGUUCUGCAGUCUGCGCUCAGCAUCUCUCAGGCCUCUGCCAACAGAGACCGCCAGCUGGAGGCUGAUAUCCUCUACUGCACAGGAGAGGUGGGCAGACGUCUCAUUUCCAUGCAAAAAUCUGAUCCUGAGAAAGUCCUAGAAGCCUUUUUUGGGUGUUUAACUACAUUUAACUAUACUCUUACCCAAAGCUUGCGGUUGACACAUAGGUGCUACCUGGAAAUGGCACUGAUAUACUUGCAAGAGUGCGAGCAGAUUACCCCACCCCCUAAACAUCUGACUCCUCCCCCCUCAAAAACACCUAAUGAGUCCAGCAAGGAAAUAGUCAGAGAGACCUACCUACUGCUAAGCUGGAUUUGUUUGAAGAUAGCUUUAAAGACAUCAGAAGUUAUUGGCAAAUGUGGCCAUUUGCAUGGAUUCACUCAAGUUACAGAAGGCCCUGUACCUCUUUCUUCAACUAAAGCCCUGCCCGACUUUGCAUUGAAUGAUCUCUUCCACCCUUGUGGGGGGCUAGAAAACCCUGAGAACUGUAUCACCAAUCCCGAGGCAUUCAUGGAUGCCGAGCAUGAGAUUAACAGAAGGAAAUGCCCUCAGCUGACCUGGGUUCAUAUGUCCCGCUACUACAUGCACUUAAUCAACCUGCUACAGGUCUCUUCACAACCAGGAGCAGUGCAGGGUGUUGAUGGGCUGCUGUCCAUGUCCGGUGAUCCCAAACUUGCUCUCAGACUCUCCCAGUUACACACCUUCUUUAGCUGUCACCAACCCUCUUACAGAGAUCAGUGGGCCGUUCCUGAUCCCCCUGCAGCUCUAAUACUGAGGCCUCAGCGAAUACAGCAUGACCAGCCAUUGUCAGAUCUUUGCCCCUGGGCCAGCACUGACAUCCAGGAACUGAGCAUCCAGUGGUACAGACCCACAUCAGAGGACAACACGAUUCUGCUUCUCUUUGCUGUAAAUAAUGCUCCUCUAUCAGCAAUGAGCCCUACUGAAGAGGUAGUGGCAGCACUACAGGCUGGACAGAGAGCGAUCUGUUUGGACAGGCUGAAGGCUGUUCAUGCCCUGCUGAGCUCAACAUGUGUAGAGGUUGAUGGGCAUGUUUCACCCUCCACCAGCUCAGCCGCCUCCUUCAGCCCACAAAAAGAAAAGGAGCAGAAAACGUCUACCUCCACCCCUCACCGACAGGAAAUGUUUUUGGAGAAAACUAAAAACAUCUGCUCUGAGAUCAGGAAUUUACUGAAGCCUGAUUGCAAUUCAGCCACCAUUACAGAGAUGCCCUUUGACCCAAGCAUGCAGACUCUUCUGAACCUGGAACGCUGCUUUAAUCCUGCAACAGGUGGCACACUGCAAGAUACAGCCAUCAUUACAUGGCUCCUCUCUCUUCUGAGCUAAAACCCAUAGACUUGAUCUGCCCUAGUUUCAUGAGAUAAAACCAAAUUCCCCAAAUACUCAUAUCUAAUAUACUAUACAAAAAUGUAGAAGUUUUAUUUAACACCAAAUAAAG